AUGUUCAAAGCGGCGACGCUAGCUCUAAACAAGGCCAUCAAAGAAAACAAGAAAUACUGCUUCGACAGACUGUACCAGAGUGCCAACUCGAACCCAUGGGGAGACGCCUAUCGGGUGGUGAUUGCCAAAACAAGAGGGACACUGGCUCCUCUAGAGCGAUCAGCGAGAAUAAGAGCAGAUGACGAAGAGGUGGCAAGGGUGACGGUGGAUGAGCUAAUGACGGUGGCAAAGUCCCUCGAAACGAGUAAAGCACCUGCUCCGGACGGGAUCCCGAACAUAGCGUUCAAGGCAGCCAUAAUUACCAAUCCGGACAUGUUCAGAUCAUCCAUGCAGAGGUGUCUGGACGAGCGGACAUUCCCGGACAUAUGGAAAAAACAGCGUUUGGUCCUGUUACCGAAAUCGGGCAAGCCACCAGGAGACCCCACAGCAUUCAUACCAAUCUGUCUAAUAGACACGGUAGGGAAGCUACUGGAGAAGUUGACAGACUGUCGCCAGGUCGCCAUCGAAUGCAAGCAACGCGGUAUACGUUACUGUGCAGUAAUAAUACUCGACGAGCGGAAUGCAUUAAACAGUGCGUGCUGGAUGGAGACCACGAACUCGUUGUGUCAACUGGGAGUACCGGUAGGGCUGUACAAGAUUCUGGGAAACUAUUUCCAAAAUCUUCGAGACAAACGAGGGCUUGUCACAAUCACGUUGCUGCAACCAAUUUUGUCUGGACUGUGCUGCUCGGGAACCUAUUCGAUCAGUCUAGAAGAGGAAUGGUUGCGCAGUAAGAAGCUACAGUUGCCGCCACAUAAAACGGAGAUGAUAGUCGUCAACAACCGGAAAUCGGUGCAGGAGGAGACAAGUGGCUGCGACAUAAGUUUGAGCUUCAAAAGUCAUGUCGAGUACGUCUGCAAACGUGAGGCGAAGGCGGUAGCGCCACUACCGAGGACGAUGGCGAACGGCUCUAGGGUGUGCUCCAGCAAGCGAAGGCUGCUGGCAAGCGUGGCGGUUUCAAUACUGCGAUACGGAGGUCCAGUCUGGGUGUUGGGGUUGAGCGCAAACUGCAACGUGCGCAAGCUGGAGAGUAUCCCAACGGUGACUAAGUCCUUUUGCCUUCGCAAACAUGACGCAACAACGCAACGGGGAAAUGGACCAGCUUCUAACUCGAAACUCAUGGCUUUCCGCGUUGUGUUGAGAAACGUGAACACGAGCGCACCACUUCGGAACCGCGCGCCGCCAUCGACCAUCGUCGCUGUAUGCAUCGUUGAUGAAAUUGGCGAACAUGCCAAAAAAUUCAAAACCGAAAAAGUGCUAAUUCAGUUCGAUCAAGCUAAGUGCUAA